AUGGAGGCCGCGGAGGCUGGUCCGACCAGCGAGCCGCCGCCGCCGCCGCCGCCGCCGCCGCCGGAGGGCGUCGAGCGCAGCCGCAAGAGGGCAAGGGAAGAAGGGCCGCUGCUGUUCGGCGCCCGGCUGAUCGAACACGAACUGGUCGGAGCCGAGGCAGCACCACAAGGAGCAGAAGCAAUCGUCGUUCCAUCUGAAACCCCGGCUAGGCCGCCGGCGGCGGUGCAGGUGGCGAGGGGCUGGCUCCACUGCUCGCUAUGCUCCUCCUCGCUGAAGCCUCCCAUCUACCAGUGCGCUGCGGGGCACAUCGCGUGCUGCCGCUGCCGCGUCAAGCUCCCGGACAGCGGCUGCCGCACGUGCCGCGACGGCGCCGCCUCCGCCUACGCGCACUGCCCGGGGCUCGACCUCUUCUUCGCCGACCUCCGCGUGCCGUGCCACUUCGCCGAUUACGGCUGCGGGAGCUUCGUCCCCUACUUCCGCAGCGACGAGCACCGGGACGCGUGCGAGCACGCCCCGUGCCACUGCCCGGAGCCCGGCUGCUACCUCGUCUGCUCGCCGCGGGCGCUCGCCGCCCACCUGUCCGGCGAGCACUCCUGGCCGGCCGACGAGAUCACCUACGGCACGCCCCUCAUGCUCGCCCUCCCAGUUCCGGCGCCGGCGCCGGCGCCGUCCCCGGCGCGGCACCUGCGGCUGCUGCGCGGGGACGACGCGUCCGUGUUCGUGGUGGCCGCGGGCCCGCUGGGCGGCGGCGCGGCAGUGUCGGUGGUGCUGGUGCGGGCCAGCUCCGCCGCGCACCCGCGGUUCGCGUGCACGUUCUGCGCGAAGCCGCCGCCCCCGGGCCCGGCGGCGGCGGGCCUGGAGGGAGCCUGCUUCUUCGCGACCGUGCCGGUGAGGAGCAGCGCGCUGGCCGACGGCGCCGGCGUCGCGCCGGAGAAGGAGCUGUACUUCGCCGUGCCCGGGGAGAUGCUGUGCGAGGGCGGCGGCAGGGAGCUGGCCGUCUCCGUGCGCAUCGACCGGUCGUGCGGACCUGAACCUCCAUUAGAAGAUCAUUACCAAAUGGUCGCUGGAAACUGAUCGCCAAGUAGUGUAGUACCAGAUUUGCAACCUUUUGGGAUGAUGCCAAGUGAGAUUAGCACGAGAUAGCGAGGAGAUAAUUUUUGUAUCGGCUGAUCCUGAUCCUACCG